AUGCAGCUCAUCCGAACACUGGCGGCCUCUUUGCUGCUCACUGGCAGCUCACUAUGCGCCGGAGCCACUGGCACGCCCAAGGCGUUCGCCCCUAAGGUCUUCAUUGUCUCAAUGUUCGAACCGGAAGCUCAGGCUUGGUGGAACAUCCCCGAAUUCGACCUGCUGGCUCGCAACGUCACCAUCCCCGGCCUCUCCCCCUUGUUCCCCGAUGUCCACUGUACCGAGGACUACGAGAUCUGCCAGCUGAUCACCGGUGAAUCCGAGAUCAAUGCCGCCGCCACCGUCACCUCGGUCGCUUUCUCGCCCCUGUUCGAUCUCACCCAGACCUACUGGUUCGUCGCCGGUAUCGCCGGCGUCAGCCCCAAGAAGACCACCACUGGAUCCGCAACCUUUGCUCGGUACGCGGUUCAGGUCGCUCUCCAGUAUGAGAUCGACAUCCGUGAGCUGAACAGCUCCUACUCCACCGGAUAUAUCCCCCAGGGCGCAAAAUACCCCGGCCAGUACCCGACCAGCAUCUACGGAACCGAGGUCUUCGAGGUCAACGCCGAGCUGCGCACCAUCGCUGCCAACUUCGCCCGCAAGGCCAACCUCUCCGACUCCGCCACCGCCCAGGCCUACCGUGCUCACUACAAGACUCCCAGCGGAAAGUUCAAGGCCGCUAGCCUGCCCCCUAGCGUUGUCGAGUGCGACGUCGCAACCUCCGAUGUCUACUACAGCGGCAACAUCCUCGGCUCCGCUUUCGAGAACACCACCAAGGUCCUAACCAACGGAACCGGCGACUACUGCGCCAGCGCCCAGGAGGAUAACGCCACCCUGGAAGUCCUCCUCCGCUCCUCGGCCCACAAGCUGACCGACUUCUCCCGCAUCAUCAUCAUGCGCACCGCGUCUGACUUUGACCGUCCCUACCCCGGCGCUUCCGCUACUUACAACCUGCUCUACUCUGACCAGGGUGGCUUCGAGCCUGCGCUUAAGAACCUCUACGUGGCUGGUAUCAAGGUCGUUGAGGGUAUUCUCGAGGGAUGGAACGCCACUUUCGCUGAUGGUGUCAAGGCCAAGAACUACAUUGGUGACAUCUUCGGUACUCUCGGUGGUACCCCUGACUUUGGCCCUGGUCGUCAGCAGGCCCUCAUUGACGGCGGUGCGUACAGGAAGCGCAGCGUUCAGAACCGCCUCCAGCGUCGCGGUUAA